CACUCAGAAAUUACAAUAAAAAUUUAAAAUGUAAAAACCUCUAUUGUCUUUUUAAAAAUAAUAGAAACAUAUAAUUAUUUCAAAAUCAGGAGAGUACAUAUCAAUCCGGCCCGCCCGGCCCGUGUGAAAGUAACGACCACACACUACAAACUACAAACGACCCUCAUUCUCUUCCGGCCGUCUUCUCGGCCUUUUCCACUGGUAUUUCACUAUUUCUCUUCUAUAGGCUCCAUCGAUCGCCGGCUGUCACUGUUUCAGGGUCAUGGAUGAAAAAGUGGAGGGUGAUGAUAAGGAAUUCGUUGAUUAUGGCGUCGCAGGCCAUAUUAGAAAAACCGUGUAUGGACCUGCUACGAGCCUUCCCCGACGCCUGAGGCGUUAUCGCGUGAUGAAUCGGUCUGAAUAUGCCGCGUACAACAAAAAAGUUAACAAAUCUGGGGUUGGUCUUUGGCAUUCCCUGUAAUUACCUUGCAUUAUGUUGCAUUCUUGAUACUCUAUGCAUAUAGUUUCUUAUUAAUUUAGUGUCUUAAGACAGAUUUAUACUGCACUUUGCUGUCCAGAUUUCGGUAUACAAUUAUCUUAACACCUCAGUUGUUAAGCACUUUGAUGAAUUCGACCCGCUAUCAUAACACUCUGCCCCAACAUCAUACACAAUAAGUUUUUGUUUAGAUGGUACUUCGUUUCAGGGGCAAUGUUGGUACUUCUUCCAUGUUCCACUACUAAAUAAGCGGUAGUGAUUCUGGACACUCCAAAAAUGCAGAAGUAGACAACCAAAUCCGGACGGAGUAUGUCCGCUCUUGGCGCAAUAAAUUGAUAGUGAUAAGUCAAUCAAACUUGUCACACCUUGGGAUUCAUCAAUAAAGAUAUCUCACCAAGGCAUAUAGGUCUCUCUCUGUAGAAUCAUCAAUUUUUUGAAUAUUUUUUUUAUUUGUGAUAUCCUUGUACAUAGGGAUAUGAUGUUGAUGGUUGUUCUGGCUCGAUACCCGGAGGGAUUUUCCCGGUUUUACCCACCUCUUGUGACUGGGAACCAGCUGAAUUGGCUGCUCAAUUUGCUGCUCUGAAACAAGCUGAGGAUGGGGGAAUACCUUUGGAGUACAAACAGCUUCUGAAAGUUAACAUUCAAGCAGUUGCAGGGACCAUGUAUUAUUUGACAUUCACAGCUUGUGAUACUAUUGAUGGUAGGGAAAAGAUAUUUAAUGCAAAAGUGUUGUUUUCCGCACAAGACAAACAUUUGCAUCUAAAGGAAUUCAAGGUUGACAAUGACCCCAAUAAAUCUGGUACGCAAUCGUUGCUUGGAACUUCCCAUGUGUGUGUGUGUGUUUUGUUUUAAAGAUUUGAUUGUUGUUAUCAUCAUAGCCGAAAAGAUGCGCAACGAGGUUGUUGGCGUGCUAGAAAAAAUCUCUUCCUUUCGUAAGGAAAAUCCUCACUUGUUUCCUGAUCCCCCCCCAAGACCACCGCCCCCUGAGCGGUAUGUCUCGUCAACUUUGAUCUCCGCCAAUGUAGCAAGAUGAUGUUUGAUGUUUCUCACGGAAGUUUUAAGUAUAUACUGCAUCAUGGUUCACAUUAAGAAUGUAGUCAAAUUUUGCCUAUCGCAUGAUGAGGUUCAUGUUCAUUUUCAGAAAAUCGCUGGUCAUAUACGAUGAACCAAAAAAGGGGGAGCUUGCUGCCACUGCUUUCCGUAUCUUCUUGAAAGAAAUGAGGAGGCAAAACCCCACAUGGAAGUAUGCAAAGGUGAAGAAAGCUGCUUCAAGAAAGUGGAAGUCAUUCUUUAUCGGCCAUAAGGCCCCUUACAUGAGAAAGGCACAGAAUCAGAUUUUUAAAAAGAUGACAGCCUCAUUGGAUCCGGAAUGUAUUAUGCCACCAUGCCAUGAUGAGGAUUCCAGCUAGAGACCCUAUCAUAUGUAUCUUUUCCUUUAUUAUGUGGUAUUUUUUGACAUGCAAUAUGCCCUGGAUAACAAGGGAGUAUUUUUAAGCACGAGCGACUCGCUCAUUGGCGGAUGCAUGCUCAAAGCAAUGGAGGCACUUGCCCCCAGUGAUUUCCAAAAAAAAUAUUUAUUUCCAUUGUUGGUACCCUCAUUUUUUAAAAAUAUAACACUUAUGCCCCC